ACUCGCCUUCUCAUCACGAGUUGGUUUCUGUGCGCUUAACCUCUUCAGCUCGUGGUCGCGGUCUCUGUUUUUUCCACCAACAAAAAAACCAAACUUUGCACUCUGACAAUCUUUCUGGGGUUUUCCCAGUUGGUCCUGCAUUGUACUAAAAAAAAAACAGGUUUUGAAUUUAUUUUUGUCCCCACUUCAGUUACUUAAGAAGCCUGCAUAGAUGGUCAUCAAACCUUUUACCGUGGACUUGGAUAAGCCUCUCGUCUUCCAGGUUGGUCAUCUUGGCGAAGCUUACAAUGAAUGGGUUCACCAACCUAUUGUCAGCAAGGAAGGCCCCAGAUUUUUUGCAAAUGACUAUAUGGAGCUCUUGACCCGCACAGCAUGGUGGGUGAUUCCACUUGUUUGGCUGCCUGUAGUAUCCUGGUUAGUCUCCAUGUCUUUUCGAAUGGGGCUUACUUUACCUCAGGUAGCUUUAGCAGAGGUUGGUGGCAUCUUUAUUUGGACAUUGAUGGAGUAUGUUUUGCAUCGCUUCCUUUUUCAUAUGAAAACAACAGGCUAUUGGGGAAACACCAUUCAUUAUCUUUUUCAUGGUUGCCAUCACAAGCACCCUAUGGAUGGGAUGCGCCUUGUUUUUCCCCCUGCUGCGACAGCUAUUCUCUGUGUGCCGUUUUGGAAUACAUUUAGGCUUUUAUCACCUCCAUCAGUUGCUCCGGCUUUGUUUGGAGGAACCUUGUUGGGAUAUGUAGCAUAUGAUGUCACUCAUUACUACCUGCACCAUGGGAAGCCAUACCAAAGAUUGACUCAAGAUCUGAAGAGAUAUCACUUGAACCAUCACUUCAGAAAUCAAAGUAAGGGAUUCGGGAUCACUUCCCCUUUAUGGGACAAUGUUUUCGGAACAGUGCCUUCAACAAAAGCUGCCGAGAAAAUGAGUAACCAGUAGCACUGGCUGGUUAACAUGGAUCUUCUUGCUACUGUUUUAGUAACUAUAUUUGGUGCUAUGGAGCCUGACUGAGAAGAUGACAAUGACUCCAUCAAUACUUGAAGGACUUCUUGCUGCUUUGGAUAUGUAAAACUAUUUAGGGGGUUUGGUUGCUUUGGCUCCAUAUGACCCCCAGAAACUGACUGCAAUAUUAUUGUUCUUGUAUCAUGUAUCCUUGUUACUACAAUAGUAAAUUGGAGAUCUAUGUUCGUCCUCUGCCUUUUAUUA